GCGGGGCAUCCCCUGGGCUCUGAUUGGGUCUGCUGGGGUUGCUCUUCCUGGCACUUGGGCUGUGGCGUGCUCUGAUUGGUGCCAGGCAGUGAAGGAUUCUGGGAGGAGCAGGCCCAGCCUGCUGAUUGGCUCCCAGUGGUGGUGGUGCCAGGGCAAAGGGCGGGGCUCUGCCUCCCCUCCCCGACAGUGGGCUCUGGCAGGGCAGGAGGGGGCUGCUCCCCUCAGCGCCCCAGUGCCCGCCCCAGGCUGGCUCAUCCACACCCUUCACCUCACAGGGCCGGACACCAGGGAGAGGAGGGACUUGCUUGAGGCAAAGGCCUCACUGACUGAAGGCAAAGACCACUGCAUCCCACCUGCCCUUCCAGCUGCCACGGCCACCGACCCCUCCUUUACAAGGAGGUCCUGCAACUCCCCAGUCCUGUGUGUUGGAAUGGACUUCGGACCUUGGCCUCUUGGGACGCAAAGGAUGAAGUGACGCCCCCAGCUGCGUUCGAGGAGCCUCCAGGACCCCGAUACAAGAGUUUGGGACCAGAGAGAGGAGCAUGGAUCUCGGAACAGCUGAAGGCACGAGGUGCACCGACCCGCCAGCAGGCAAGCCCGCCAUGGCGACCAAGCGCAAGGGCGGCCUGAAGCUCAAUGCCAUCUGCGCCAAGUUGAGCCGCCAGGUGGUGGUGGAGAAGGGAGCAGAGGCUGGCUCCCACGCUGAGAGUAGCCUGCUACGGCCCCGGGACAAAGAGCGAGGCGGCCCUGAGUCUGGGAUGGCCCGGGCCCCCCGCAGCGAGGAAGACAAGAGGCGGGCGGUGAUCGAGAAGUGGGUCAAUGGGGAGUACAGCGAGGAUCCGGCACCCACACCUGUGCUGGGCCGCAUUGCCCGCGAGGGCCUGGAGCUGCCACCCGAGGGCGUCUACAUGGUGCAACCCCAGGGCUGCAGCGAUGAGGAAGACCACACAGAAGAACCCUCCAAGGAUGGCAGCGUCCUAGAGGAGAAGGACUCAGACGGGGCAGCCUCCAAGGAUGACAGUGGCCCCAGCACCAAGCAAGCUUCAGGUGAGGCCUCCUCACUGCGGGACUAUGCGGCCUCCACCAUGACCGAGUUCCUUGGCAUGUUCGGCUAUGACGACCAGAACACGAGGGACGAACUGGCCAGAAAAAUCAGCUUUGAGAAGCUGCACGCAGGCUCCACCCCUGAGGCAGCCACUUCCUCUAUGCUGCCCACCUCCGAAGAUACCCUCAGCAAGCGGGCGCGUUUCUCCAAGUACGAGGAGUAUAUCCGCAAGCUCAAGGCCGGCGAGCAGCUCCCCUGGCCGGCCCAUGGCUCCAAGGCCGAGGAGCGGGCGGGCAAGGAGGUGGUGGGCCCCCUGCCUGGCCUGCGGCUGCCCAGCAACACAGCACACCUGGAGACCAAGGCCACCAUCCUGCCCCUGCCAUCACACAGCAGCAUCCAGAUGCAGAACCUGGUGGCCCGGGCCUCCAAGUAUGACUUCUUCAUCCAAAAACUGAAGACAGGCGAGAACCUGCGGCCCCAGAACGGAAGCACCUACAAGAAGCCAUCCAAGUAUGACCUGGAGAACGUCAAGUACCUGCACCUUUUCAAACCUGGGGAGGGCAGCCCCGACAUGGGUGGAGCCAUCGCCUUCAAGACGGGCAAGGUGGGGCGCCCCUCCAAGUACGAUGUCCGGGGCAUCCAGAAGCCAGGCCCUGCCAAGGUUCCACCCGCCCCCAGCCUGGCUCCUGCACCCCUCGCCAGUGUGCCCAGCGCUCCCAGCACCCCUGCGCCAGGGCCCGAGCCUCCUGCUUCCUUGUCCUUCAGCACUCCUGAGUACCUGAAGUCAACCUUCUCCAAAACGGACUCCAUCACCACGGGGACCGUCUCCACUGUCAAGAACGGAUUGCCCACAGAUAAACCAGCUGUCACCGAAGAUGUAAACAUUUACCAGAAAUAUAUUGCCAGGUUCUCGGGCAGUCAGCACUGUGGCCACAUCCACUGUGCCUACCAGUACCGCGAGCACUACCACUGCCUCGACCCCGAGUGCAACUACCAGAGGUUCACCAGUAAGCAGGACGUGAUCCGACACUACAACAUGCACAAGAAGCGCGACAACUCCCUGCAGCACGGCUUCAUGCGCUUCAGCCCACUGGACGACUGCAGCGUCUACUACCACGGCUGCCACCUCAACGGGAAGAGCACCCACUACCACUGCAUGCAGGUGGGCUGUAACAAGGUGUACACGAGCACGUCAGAUGUGAUGACCCAUGAGAACUUCCACAAGAAGAACACGCAGCUCAUCAAUGACGGAUUCCAGCGUUUCCGAGCCACCGAGGACUGUGGCACAGCCGACUGCCAGUUCUACGGACAGAAGACCACACACUUCCACUGCAGGCGCCCUGGCUGCACAUUCACCUUUAAGAACAAGUGUGACAUUGAGAAGCACAAGAGCUACCACAUCAAGGACGAUGCCUAUGCCAAGGACGGCUUCAAGAAGUUCUACAAGUAUGAGGAGUGCAAGUAUGAGGGCUGCGUGUACAGCAAGGCCACCAACCACUUCCACUGCAUCCGUGCCGGCUGCGGCUUCACCUUCACCUCCACCAGCCAGAUGACCUCGCACAAGCGCAAGCAUGAGCGCCGGCACAUCCGCUCCUCGGGCGUGCUGGGGCUGCCACCCUCGCUGCUGGGCGCCAAGGACACGGAGCAGGAGGAGUCCAGUAACGAUGACCUCGUCGACUUUUCUGCCCUGAGCAGCAAGAACUCCAGCCUGAGCGCCUCCCCCACCAGCCAGCAGUCCUCCGCCUCCCUGGCCACUGCCACCGCCACCACCGAGGCCGUGCCCGGCACCACCAAGCCUCCCAGCAGCAAGAUCUCGGGGCUGCUGCCCCAGGGCCUGCCUGGCUCCAUCCCCCUGGCACUGGCCCUCUCCAACUCGGGGCUGCCCACCCCUGCACCCUACUUCCCCAUCCUUGCUGGCCGGGGCAGUGCCUCCCUGCCUGUGGGUGCCCCCGGCCUCUUGGGUACCGUGUCCUCUGGGGCAGCAGCCACAGCGGCCCCUGACACGCCCGCUGUGGUCGCCUCAGGAGCGGGAGACUCUGCCCCAGCCUCUGUCGCAGUGCCGCCUGCCUCCAUCAUGGAGAGGAUCUCUGCGAGCAAGGGCCUCAUCUCACCCAUGAUGGCCAGACUGGCUGCGGCUGCCCUCAAGCCCUCUGCCACCUUUGACCCAGGAAGCGGGCAGCAGGUCACCCCCGCCAGGUUCCCCCCGGCCCAGGUGAAGCAGGAGCCUGGUGAGAGCGCUGGCACCCCUGGCCCCCACGAGGCUUCCCAAGACCGCAGUCUAGACCUGACUGUGAAGGAGCCCAGUAAUGAAUCAAAUGGCCACGCAGUCCCGGCAAAUUCAUCUCUUUUAUCCUCGCUUAUGAAUAAGAUGUCUCAGGGCAACCCCAGCCUCGGAAGCCUGUUGAACAUCAAGACGGAAGCAGAGGGAAACCCCACCGUGGAGUCCUCACCCUUCCUGGGCAAGGCCGUGAAGGCGCUGGUUCAGGAGAAGCUGUCAGAGCCCUGGAAGGUCUAUCUUCGCAGGUUUGGUACCAAAGACUUCUGCGACGCCCAGUGUGACUUCCUGCACAAGGCCCAUUUCCACUGCGUGGUGGAGGAGUGUGGCGCGCUCUUCAGCACCCUGGACGGGGCCAUCAAGCAUGCAAACUUCCACUUCCGGACAGAGGGGGGAGCAGCGAAAGGAAACGCAGAGGCUUCCUUCCCGGCCUCAGCUGCUGAGACCAAACCCUCCGCAGCCCCCUCAUCCCCGCCAGCGCCUCCUGUCACCACGGCCACGGUUUCCUCUCUGGAAGGGCCCACUCCCAGCCUGGCCUCCGUGCCCUCCACCCCCACCCUGCUCGCCUGGAAGCAGCUGGCUUCCACCAUACCCCAGAUGCCUCAGAUUCCAGCGUCAGUGCCUCACCUGCCCGCUUCGCCCUUGGCAACGACUUCUCUAGAGAACGCCAAGCCCCAGGUCAAACCCGGAUUCCUCCAGUUCCAGGAGAACGAUCCUUGCCUCGCGACGGACUGCAAGUAUGCCAACAAGUUCCACUUCCACUGUCUCUUUGGGAACUGCAAGUACGUCUGCAAAACCUCUGGCAAGGCUGAAUCCCACUGCCUGGACCACAUCAACCCCAACAACAACCUGGUGAACGUGCGAGACCAGUUUGCUUACUACUCCCUGCAGUGUCUCUGUCCUAACCAGCACUGCGAGUUCCGGAUGCGCGGGCACUACCACUGCCUCCGGACCGGCUGCCACUUCGUGACCAACAUCACCACCAAGCUGCCGUGGCACGUAAAGAAGCACGAGAAGGCCGAACGGCGGGCGGCCAACGGAUUCAAGUACUUCACCAAGCGCGAGGAGUGCGGCAGGCUAGGCUGCAAGUACAACCAGGUGAACAGCCACUUCCACUGCAUCCGGGAGGGCUGCCAGUUCUCCUUCCUCCUCAAGCACCAGAUGACCUCCCACGCCCGGAAGCACAUGCGGAGGAUGCUGGGGAAGAACUUCGAUCGCGUGCCCCCCUCCCAGGGCCCCCCGAGCCUGAUGGACACUGAGACAGAUGAGUACAUGGACUAUACUGGCUGCAGCCCGGGCGCCAUGUCCUCUGAGUCGUCUACCAUGGACCGAAGCUGCUCCAGCACUCCCGUGGGCAAUGAGAGCACUGCGGCAGGGAACACCAUCUCCAUGCCAACAGCCUCGGGGGCCAAAAAGCGCUUCUGGAUCAUCGAGGACAUGUCGCCCUUUGGCAAGCGGCGGAAGACGGCCUCCUCUCGCAAGAUGCUGGACGAGGGCAUGAUGCUGGAGGGCUUCCGGCGCUUCGACCUCUACGAGGACUGCAAGGACGCGGCCUGCCAGUUCUCGCUCAAGGUCACCCACUACCACUGCACGCGCGAGAACUGCGGCUACAAGUUCUGUGGGCGCACGCACAUGUACAAGCACGCGCAGCACCACGACCGCGUGGACAACCUCGUGCUGGACGACUUCAAGCGCUUCAAGGCCUCUCUCAGCUGCCACUUCGCCGACUGCCCCUUCUCGGGCACCAGCACGCACUUCCACUGCCUGCGCUGCCGCUUCCGCUGCACCGACAGCACCAAGGUCACGGCGCACCGCAAGCACCACGGCAAGCAGGACGUGAUCAGCGCCGCGGGCUUCCGCCAGUUCAGCUCGAGCGCCGACUGCGCCGUGCCGGACUGCAAGUACAAGCUCAAGUGCUCGCACUUCCACUGCACCUACCCGGGCUGCCGCCACACGGUCGUGGGCAUGUCGCAGAUGGACUCGCACAAGCGCAAGCACGAGAAGCAGGAGCGCGGCGAGCCGCUGGCCGAGGGCCCCGCGCCGGGGCCGCCCGUCAGCCUGGACGGCUCGCUCACCCUGGGCGCUGAGCCGGGCGGCUCGCUGCUCUUCCUGCAGACGGCCGCCGCCGGCCUGGGCCUGGCGCUCGGGGACGCGGGCGACCCGGGCCCGCCCGACACGGCCCCCGGGCCGCGGGAGGGCCCCGCCGCGCCCGGUCCGGCCGCCGGGGAGUCCUCGCAGGAGGACGAGGAGGAGGAGCUGGAGCUGCCGGAAGAGGAGGCCGAGGACGACGAGGACGAGGAGGAGGACGAGGACGACGACGACGAGGACGACGACGAGGACGACGACGACGAGGACCUGCGCACCGACUCCGAGGAGUCGCUGCCCGAGGCGGCGGCCGAGGCGGCGGGGGCGGGCGCGCGGACCCCAGCCCUGGCGACCCUGGGCGGCCCCGGCCCCGCGCCCGCCGCCGCCUCGCCCUAG